UUGAAGAACUUGUGCCAAAGUAAGAAUGAUGAUAGUGAUAACAAUAGCAGCAGUGUAUUUAAAAAUACAGCAUUACACGUCUCAAGUGAAACAACAAGGGUAUGCUGUAGUGUAGAGGUUUGUUUCAAGUUAUGUUUGAAACUCGCUGAUUUCUACUUCAUUUAAAGGGAAAGUCUGUGUAAAUAGGCUCCUAAAAAUUAGAUGUUUUACAAGAGAAGCUGUAAUUUUGAGCUAAGGACCCCCCCCCCCCAAAAAAUGUCUAGCUAAUUUCCAUGUAUCUCUUCUGAAAUAUAUAUUUUAACUCAGCACUACAAAAAUAUAGUUAAGAAUUCUCGGGUGUCAGAUCAACCCUCAGUAUCAUUUUUUUCAAAAGGAAGUUAAAGGUUUAUGAUAUGGAUUUCACGUCAUUAUUGACAGCCUGAUAAUUGGACCAAUCAGGUAUCAGUUCUGAUGAAGGUAUGGUAAUCAGUCCUAAAUUUCGAACAUUUUUGCUAGUGGUUUGACAUUUUUUGAUUUAUUGUAUUAAGUUUUUUUACAAGACUCUGAAAUGUACCCCACCCACAUUCCACAUAGACCAUCAUUUUCAAGAAUCAUUGACAAAUUAUUACUUUAAAAAAGUACACUGUAAUUUACUUAGUUUGAAUUCAGCAUAUGAUUACCAUAGUUGAAUCUGAUUGGUGAAUUUCAAGACAUUCCAAAGUUGAAGUUCUGCCCACUGGGGUAGGUUUGAAUGUGAGGCAAGUGUGAUAAUAGAAGAUAAAAGCAGGCUGAGGUGAACACUUGCUGAAGGUAUUUAAGGCAGUGAAAAGUACCUUGAUAUAGAAUGAUACGCUUUACUCAAAUCGUGAAGACAGUGACUGUGUCUCAGUUGGGAACCAAGGUCUGGUGACACCUGUUGAAGACUCCUGUCUUAACCAGGGCCACAGUUACACAUCUACUAGUAGGGAAUAAAUAUAACAAAGAGCCUUGAAACUAGGGAGCAGUGCCUACAAGACAAUUUGACCUGGCUUCAACUUCUCUAGAAGAAAAUCAGUAAAAUACUAUUAUUAUACAGUGAUUUGAAACCAGGAUUUUAAAUACUUAGUGUUGGUUUCUUAAUGACAACAUGAUAACAGUGAAUUCCAUCCUCUUUGAUGUGAAGACAAAGUAUCCAUGACAACCAAGACAGCAUUGUAACCAUAGCAACUGUUGCCAAGGCAUCACCAUGACAUUCCAGUGGCAAAAGUUGUCCCCUUCCGAGUUUCAUCAACUCCAGGAGUAUUCUUCAUAUUCUUCCAAAAACCUCAAAGAUACCCUGAAAGAGUUUGAAGGUGACGGGAUCCUUUCCCAGUACAGCAAGGAUGAGCCCAUUGACUAUGAUGGCUUCAAGAAGUUCAUGGAGUUCUACAUGGAAGCAGCCAUACCAGAGGAUUUGUGUCGACACCUUUUUAUCUCCUUCAUGAAAAAACCUCCAAAGCCUUCUCUGGGUAAGAAUCAGUGUUCAGUGACUGACGUAGCGGCAAUGGCGUCGCAAACUGCGUGUGCACCCAUCACGCAUAGGUCGCAGGAAUUCAUAUUUGCAAUGCCCGAGUCGAAACACGACAAUAGUAAGCAUCACAGCUUCGCAGGCAAGUUGCACGGACUUACGGAAAAAUUACACGCGCUGGGCCACUCCCGUCAUGAGAGUUCUGGUGGGGAGACAGGGAAACGUGGCCACACAGGAUCCAACUCUGCUUCCCAUCAUCCCGCCAUAACAGUGUCGACGCCUAUGCUGGACAAGAUUCACAAAUCCGACGACACAACUCCGGACGUCUCGAGUCACUCCCGUUCCUCCUCCAAGAAAUCAAACCAUAGCAUACACAGUUUACACCUCCCUGACUCAAAUGACCCCUGGAUUCGCCAGAGCACCUCCUCUCUCUUGCAAGGUCUAGGGGGGAAGAUGAAGCGCCAGAGCAUCGACGUGAAGAGCGGCAACAUACUCAUUAAGGAUCUGGUCUGUUACUUGUCGUUGCUGGAAGCCGGGAGGCCAGAGGACAAAUUAGAAUUUAUGUUCAGGUUAUAUGAUACAGAUGGCAAUGGUCUGCUGGAUGCUACAGAGUUGGACUGUAUAGUUAGUCAGAUGAUGACUGUGGCGGAAUAUCUCGGCUGGGAUGUGACUGAACUUAGGCCUAUAUUAAAGGACAUGAUGGUAGAGAUUGACUAUGACAAUGAUGGCACUGUGUCACUGGAGGAGUGGAAACGCGGCGGAAUGACGACCAUACCCUUACUAGUACUGCUGGGAUUAGAUACUAAUGUUAAAGAUGACGGGCAGCAUGUGUGGAGGUUGAAACAUUUUAACAAACCAGCUUACUGCAACCUCUGCCUCAAUCUCCUGGUGGGACUGGGAAAACAAGGGCUAAGCUGUACAUUUUGUAAAUACACUGUUCACGAACGUUGUGUUCACCGAGCACCGGCGUCAUGCAUUACUACAUAUGUCAAAUCAAAAAAGACACCUCAGGCCAUGCUUCAUCACUGGGUGGAGGGGAACUGCCCUGGGAAAUGUGACCGCUGCAAGAAGUCUAUCAAAACUUACAAUGGAGUCACAGGAUUACAUUGUCGUUGGUGCCAAUUAAAUCUUCAUAACAAGUGCGCCUCCCAGGUGAAACCUGAUUGUGAUAUGGGAGAAUUCAAAGACCACAUCCUCCCUCCCACGUCUAUAUGUCCUGCAGUGCUGGAACGUCAGCCUGCAGGUCGACCCAGACCGCCUGGCCGUUCAGACUCGGUGGACCAGGAGAUGAGUUUAUUGACAACAGGGGGCAGCAGCAGUAUCAGUUCAUUUCAGAUCACGCCUCCUGAUAACUGUAUACCACUGCUGGUUUUCGUCAACCCUAAAAGUGGAGGGAAACAAGGCACCAGAAUAUUAAGGAAGCUCCAGUACCUCCUGAAUCCAAGACAGGUGUAUGAUCUGAUUAAGGAGAAAGGACCCAUGUCUGGGCUCCAGUUUUUCAAAGAUGUUCCAAAUUUCCGUAUUCUCUGCUGUGGAGGCGAUGGCACUGUGGGCUGGCUCCUAGACGCCAUGGACAAGGUUCAGUUUGUGAACAGGCCGCCAGUAGCAGUUCUACCUCUGGGCACAGGAAAUGACCUGGCUAGGUGCCUGCGGUGGGGAGGAGGUUAUGAAGGAGAAAGCUUAUCAAAGAUUUUACACAAGAUUUCAAACAGCACAGUGGUCCUGAUGGACAGGUGGAAGAUAGAAGUCAGUGCCCCCGAGGGCGGAGACGAGGAGCAGGGGGAUUCCAUUCCAACCAACAUCAUCAACAAUUAUUUUUCCAUUGGGGUGGAUGCUUCCAUAUGCCAUAGGUUUCAUCUCAUGAGGGAAAAGCAUCCAGAAAAAUUCAACAGUCGGAUGAAAAACAAGUUGUGGUAUUUUGAGUUUGGUACAUCAGAGACAUUUUUUGCCACCUGCAAAAAUUUACAUGAAGAUGUAGAUAUAUUGGCUGACAACUGCUCUCUAGACUCUGCCAAUGGACCAAGGUUGGAAGGCAUUGCCAUCCUCAACAUCCCCAGUAUAUAUGGGGGGUCCAAUCUCUGGGGGGAGAACCCAGGGCAAAAGAAGAGGAAAAAGGCACAAAGAAAUGCUAAGAGGGACAAAGACAGGGAAUUUUCUUCCAGUAGUAUGUCAUCAGUGGAUCUCCAUUUUGCUGUGCAAGAUAUUGGAGACAAUUCAAUUGAAGUGGUGGGUCUGGACAACACAAUGCACGCAGCUCAAGUCAAAGUUGGUCUCAGAAACUCUGGCCGCAGGCUGGCGCAGUGUUCUCAAGUAGUCAUCAGGACACGCAAGCGUUUUCCUAUGCAGAUUGAUGGAGAGCCUUGGAUUCAGACACCCUGCACGAUUUCCAUUAGUUUAAAGAAUCAGGUUCCUAUGUGCAUUGGCCCUCUCUCCAGAAAGAAAAGAUCUUUCUUUAGCUUCUGGUCUUAACCCAUUAAAGUCCAUACCAGGUAUUGCAUUUGGUUCUACUGAUGUCUUCAAAGCCCUUAUCAGGGAUUGCGUCACAUCCAUGGGUCAUUGUCACUCAAGUGUCACCUGAACUUCUUUUUGGCACUCCUGGGACAAAAAGGCAGCAGAUCAGUGUCCUUAAGAUGUUUUAUAUAUCCUUGCAUCACGUACAGAAUGUGUCAUCACGUAUGAAGUGUCACACAUGCUUUGCAACUUAAGUGUCACCAGAGGAUGUCAACCUAAAGUUCCAGCUUCUCCUGUCAUGUAGACAGAAAUUACCCAACAGUGGAUUUCCCCCGACACAAGGGACAAAUGACAUAUAUUUUCCUGGACAGUGUGACAUUAUAUGUCAAAAUCAUGACACAGUGUUGCCUAGUCACUGUCAAAGUCAUGACACUGUGUUGCCUUGUCACGUUGUGUCACAGUCAUGACACAGUGUUGCCUUGUCACAGAGAUGUCAAAUCACAUUGAUAGCGGUGAUGUCUUUCAGCCAUUGUGAUAUAUCAGUCACUUUGGCAUCACCAUGGCGAUAGAACAUGGUGGACCUCUGGUGUCUAAUGACUCUUUUGACUGAAGGUUUUUGCAUAUGAGAGUUUUUUUUUCCUUUCUGGAGAAAAGGGCAUAUAUAAUUGAAAAUGAGCUCAUGUGUGGGUGUUUUUUUUUUUUUUUUUUUUUUAAUUUAAUCUGGAAAAUAGAGCUUAUAUUUUGAGAGAAAAGUUGUGAUGCCAACAAUGAGGCAAGAUAGAUCCAUGAGAAGAUGAAGAAGGUGGAUUCACACCCAUAUAUGCCCUUUGAACCCAUUUCCAUUUUUGCCUGAUCUCUAAUUUUUUUCUCUGUUGGCAUUUUGUGACGAUGAAAGUGAUUUUUUCACCAUUUAUUGUAUUGACGUAUCUACUUCUUUUUCAGGCACAAUCAUUUGUCAGUGCAAAAGUUAAUGUCUCAGAGAAAUUAUAUAAUAUAUCAUUUUACUUAUCAUUUGUAAAAAGUUGAUUCUUUAAUUGCUCUGUCACAUUUUAGAUAGCUGUAGGUCAUCUGUUGACUUGAUUGAGUGCUUGACGUUUAGAUAAAAAAAAUUGGAAGUACAUUUCACACUUUCAGCAUAAUUGAAAACAUUUUACUGUAUCACAAGUCUGAGUUAUUCUUUAGUAGUUAGCACAAAGUGUGGUCCUUCUCUAGGUCCAUUUCUCACAUGCAUGCAUGUAUACAAGCGUGCACACACACACAUAUUCAUAUAUGUAUAUAUUGAAGCAACCCUGAUACACAUAUGCCUUGCUUGGUUGAUCCAAUCUGUGUAUUUAUUCAGAAUUCACUUUUUUUAUAUCAAAAAUCAGUAUUUAUUAGUUUAAUUUUUAUAACUGAACUCGUGUUUAUUUAUGGUGUGAGUGUGUGACUGGUUACCACAGCCUGGAAUGCCUGCUGUCAUGGAGGUUUUUUGGUGCCAGUACCCUUAUGUUAGAGUACCCUUGUGGUAAUAUUACAAUAACAAGGCCAUCAUUUUAUGGUGAAGUUCUUUUGUGUAUAUAUAUAUAUGUAAAUUGAGAGCAAAAUUGGUACAGCCUUUUUUCCCCUAAAGAAGGAGUACCUCUUUGCUUUAUUGUGACUUUGAGUGGCACAUCUUCCCUAUUUUCUAUUAAAAGUUUUUCUCCCUUUUUCUCAACGAUCAUGUAUGCUUGUUAAGUAGGUUUUAGGAAAAAAGGAGUAUAGAUGUCUCUGUUUCUUUUGAAAAGCUAGUGUGAAUGGCUUCUGCUCCUAGAGCCAUGGUAAAAAAAAUAUGUAUUCCUUUCAGUAUCAUUAAAGUAUACAGGAAACAAAUGCCUUACAAAUGAGCAUUUUGAUCUGACAGAAUGUAGAUAGAGAAAUCUACAAGCAAGAAUGUCAAGAUUACUGCACAACUUUAAAUUGGGUCUCUUGAAUUAAAAAUGUAUGACAAUUCGUAGAAAGUGAUACUUUUCCUUGUUAAGCGCUUGGCUCUUUGUUAAUUUUUCUAAAUGUUCUUUUGUGUGCAUUUAUUUUUUACACAGAAGUUCAAAGUGCUGAGACAUUCGGCUACUUUGUGAAUAAAAAAGUACAGUCAGUGCAACCCCUAUGUUAAAGCCAAAAAACAUCAACCAAAGACAUGUUUUAAAACAAAAAAUAAAAAAACUAUCUAGGAAAAAAGGGUGGAUAGGAUUUUUAAGAGUCGGGAUGUAUUUUACAGUUUUAGACAAUGUUAUGAUUAUUAUUUCACCUGUACAGCAGUGGAUUAUAACAUAUAAGAAAUAUGAUGUUAAUGGCAAUUGAUUCAUACUUCUAGUUUGAUUCUGCAUGUAGUAAGACAAACAGAAAAAAAUUCAAAAUAAGUCUUAUGAAAGAAAAAGAGUUGUCCUUUUUACCCAUUUCUUCAAAGUGUAUUGGAUAUAUAACUGCUCUGCCAAUUGUGUAUUUCUCAUUAUUAUUAUAUUAUUGAGACAGAUUGUUUCAAAAGACAUUAUUUAAAAGCUCUAUUUAAAAUUGAUAAUGCACAGAAAGAUUUGAAGCAGCAUAUGCAGUGAAUAUCACUAGUUCGGGAAUUUUACCCUAAAAGUCGUACAUGUAUUUAGCGUAUUUUGUCGUCAUUAUUCAAAAAUUCCCUAGAAUUGUUUCAAAAGAAAUAUCUUUUUUAUAAAGAAUAGAAUGUAUUAAGGCUUACAUUUCUUAUAUUUGUAAAUGUCAUUUUCAUCAUUGUUCAAUAAUUCUAAUUCCACCUACUGAAUAAUAUGCCUGUCUUUUUACUAAGGUACACUAUUGUUACAUUAUGAUAGUUUUAUGUACUUGUAAAUACACAGAGUAAAUACCGCACUGCAUCUCGUGCUAUUCACUAAAUCCUUUAUUACGACAUUUACAUCUUAUGAAAACUUAUAGUACAAAUUUUACUGAACAUGUAUAGAGAUAACCUGAAGCCAGAUCUGGUCCACAAACGAUUGUACGUGUACAAAGCUUUACUGAACUGUUUCAUGUAAUUUUUCGGGAAAUAAAUACAAUCUUGUGGACAUUCUUCUACUAAUCUUAA